CAGUGAAUCAAAGAUAACUUGUUCCUCAUUACUAAAUUUGUAAUCUUCUUUACUUCUCAACAAAGUUCUCUACCAAUACUUAAACCCCAAACCCCCUUCAUUCAUUCUACAAAUCCAUCCAUAAUCAAAUCAUCCAACUUUAUUUUUAUCUUCACCAAUAACAUUAAUAAAUUUUAAUCAAGAAAAUGGGGCACAGCAAUCGUCAUGACUGGGGCCCAGUGUUCAUUGCAACAAUCCUGUUUGUUCUUCUUUCACCAGGGUUAUUGUUUCAGGUGCCAGGUGGCAAAAGGUGCAUUGAGUUUGGAAGCUUCCGUACUGGUGGGGCCGCUAUUAUGAUCCAUGCUCUUCUCUACUUUGGCCUCAUUUGUAUCUUCUUGAUUGCUCUUGGCAUUCAUAUGUAUUGGGGUUAAUCAUACAUGCCCAUAUUGUUCUUGAUUCUUCUUUUGUUUUGUUUUGUUUUUUGUUUUGGAUUUAAUUGGGUAACCAUUGUUUAACAAUCGGGCGCACGUUGGAGCGCGUACGAGAGACGAUGGUUGAGGUCUAUCGAGUUGUCUCUUUUGUAAUCGGGUUGAAUUUUAUCGAGCUAAAGUUUGUAUUAUUAUCAGCUGAUAUCUAAUACAGAGUAUCAAUCUAGUCGUUUGAAUUUU